GCUAGCUAGUGCCACUGUAACCAAGAAUAUGGUUCCAGAGAACUGUAACACAAAGCAAGCUCCUAAUCCCAGCUGCCUGCAGGUGCAUAGCAACAAGCCGCAUGAUCCCCAGCUGCUCAUGGCCGCCCGGCGCGGCGACUGGUUGCGGCUUGAGCAUCUCCUUAUCAGCGGCGAAGGAGAUGCGGAGCUUGGGGCACCUCAUCAGCACGUCAUUCCCAUCGAGAUCGAGCAAGUUGUCGCCGACGGCGUCGAUGUUGGGGUCAUGCCAUCUUCUGCCGCAAUAGCGCCAGCCGCUGAGGGGGACUCCCUCCUCCACGUGGUUGCCUCGAGGGGAGACGGCGAGCAGUUCCUCAAGAGCGCGUCCAUGAUUCAUGGCAAGGCCGGACACCUCCUCCUCAACGCCCGGAACAAGAACGGCGAUACGCCCCUGCACCGCGCCGCCCGUGCCGGGCACCGCGGAAUGGUCGCCCAUCUCGUAUUCCUUGCAAGAUCCGAGAACGGCGGCGGCAGCGACGUAGACGACAAGGUGAAGGCCAUACUGAGGGUGCAGAACAAGCGUGGAGAGACGGUGCUUCACGACGCGGUUCGUUCGAGGGACGACGACAUGAUCACCCUGCUCAUGGCGGAGGACCCGCAGCUGGCUCGCGUGCCGCUGUCGGAGGGCGCCUCGCCGCUCUACUUGGCCGUCGAGCUGGGCCACGACGACAUCGCCCAGCAACUCUAUGAGAAAGACUCGGCGCUGUCCUACUCUGGACCGGACGGCCGGAAUGCCUUGCACGCAGCCGUUCUCAAGGGCCAAGGUACACUAAUUUACUUUUCGGAAUUUCUAAUUCUAUGUCAACUACUCCCUCUGGUCGGAUUUAAUCGACGCAGAGGGAGGCCAGGCAUCCUUAGGUGGUUAGGCGUGUCAAUUAAUUGCGACCCGAGGUAGUAGCAUAUUACCUGUACUUCGCAACAGAAUUUAAUUGAUACCACAUACUCAAGAGCAGUCUAAUGUUUUUCUAGAAUUUAAUUGUUUCGUAUUUAUUGCUAGAAAUAAAAAUAAAAGAUAAUAUAUUAUAUCAUUUAUAUUUAGUGUCUUUUCUAUAUGACGUGACCUUCCCUGCCAAUGUACAUGCCCUAUACAUAUCGUAAGGAUGUACGUGAUAUAGAUAAAGUUGAGUCUAUUAAGUACCCCUUUGUUUGGGCUUAAAUUCUUGAUUCUUGGAUUCUAACUACUGUGAAAUUAGAAUCUGAAACAAACAGGCCUCCAUAAUAUCCAGAUUGUCCAGAAUUGAUUCUAAAAAAUACAUAUAGAGUACCACAAUCUGAGAAUUGAGGAAAUAGGUGAUUCCCGAGCUUCUUCUGGGCCGAAACGUUUUCUUCCGUCCGCAGCCUCGCUCGAUCGCUGAUUCACGAUUUGCCGUCCUCGCUCGAGAGGCCGCCGCCGCUGGCUCGCGCCCGCACGCAGCCCUGCUCGGCCGGCCGCCGCCUCGAGCCCGGCCGCCGCCCGCUCCUCCCGGCCGCUGACCCGCGCAUCCCGGUCGCCGACCCGCGCCUGCUCGCCGCCCGCUGCUCCCGGCCGGCCGGCCGCCGACCCACUUCUCCCGGCCGCGCCCAGCAAUCCCCUCCAUCCGGCCACGCACAGAAGGUCCGCUCCAGCAGGUCCCUCCAUCCGGCCACGCCCAGCAAGCCCCGCUCCACCACGUCCAGUCCAGCUCCAUCCUGCGCGUACUGUGAAGAUGAGCACAAGUCAUAGUGAGAGCGAUUCGGAUGGAGUUAAUUCUGAAAUGGUUGCAGCUGCGGCAAAAAGGAAAAGGAGGGAGUACUACAUGCGAGCUGCACAUGUUGCAGUGAUGUACGGUGAGAAGUUCUUAACAAAAAGAAAUAGGAGAAUUCCUAUCGUGACCGGUCAAAAAUGGGUUACUGAAAUUUGAGUACAAACAAAGAUUGCUAUGCCAUGUUUAGGAUGUACAGACCGUGUUUUGAUAGAUUGCAUGAGACUCUUGUGCAAAAUUAUGGUUUGAUGUCAACAAGGAACAUGAGCUCAGAGGAGUGCUUGGGUAUGUUCUUGUGGACAGUUGGUGGUCCUCAAUCCGUUAGCCAAGUGGAGAAUCGAUUCAAGCGGUGAACCGAGGUAAUACACAGGAAAUUCAAUCAUGUGCUAGAGUGCUUGAAUAAGAUGGAUGUAGAUACUAUUAAGCCAAAAGAUCCGAACUUCAGAGACGUGUAUGAAAGACUUCGGGAUUCUAGAUUUUCACCUCACUUUGAUGAUUGCAUUGGUGCAAUUGAUGGGUCUCAUAUCCCUGUGGUUGUUCCAGCUGAAGAGAUAGUGAACCAUGUUGGUCGGCAUGGGUAUCCAACAUAGAAUAUCAUGGCAGUGUGCGAUUUUGAUAUGAGAUUCACCUCUGUAGUUGCGGGAUGGCCAGGGUCGGCACAUGACACAAGGAUAUUUGAGGACACGUUGGUGAAGUAUGCAGCUAAGUUUCCACACCCGCCGAAAGGUAUGUACUAUCUUGUUGAUUCGGGUUAUCCAAAUUGUGAGGGGUAUCUAGCUCCAUACAAGUCGACAAAAUACCAUGUGCCAGAAUUUAUCCACGGUGACCCCCCCUAAUGGUAAAAAAGAAAUCUUUAACCAUGCCCAUUCGUCGCUACGCAAUGUCAUUGAGCGUGCAUUUGGUGUGUUAAAGAUGAAGUGGCGUAUUUUAUUACAUAUGCCAGCUUACCCUGUGACAAGCAAGCUUUGAUCAUUGUUGCUUGUAUGGCACUUCAUAAUUUUAUCAGAGACAGCCACUUGAGAGAUAAAGAGUUUGAUAGAUGUGACCGUGAUGAGUACUACAUGCCAGGGGAUCUACUACCUCCACCUACUGGUCGGGUAUCUAACAUUGUGCAUGGUGAUGAUGUUCUCAUGAAAGUAACCAGGGAGAGAAUAGCUGAUGGAUUAUUGGUAGCUACAGAUGAAGUUUAGUUUUACGCAUUACGUUCGAGUGAUGGUUGAUGUACGUUUUGGAUGAUGGUUGGUAAUUGAACGUGCAUUUUGGAUGA